AUGAAGUCUCUAUUCCUGUUCCUUGCCAUUCUUCUGGCCAUCGAACCAGUGGUAUCAGCAGAGUGUUGGAUGAAUGGACGAUGCCGGUUGGUAUGUAAAAAUGAUGAAGAGAACGUCCUACGCUGCUCAAAUCGUAAACGGUGCUGUAUCCUUAGUCGUUACUUAACAAUGAAUCCAAUAACAAUUGAUGGAAUACUCCCCUGGACCACUCCUUAUCCGACUAGACAAGUAAAACAAAAGACCAGAUCUGGCAGCAGUGUGGGAAGAUAA